AUGCCGAGAGUACGACACACACCGAAAUCCGACCAAGUUUCGGAUAAAGAAGCCGCCACACCAUCGAAGAAGGAAGAUCCCAGAGAAUCCUUGUGCAAUCAGCUCCAGCAGAUGGAAGCUGCCACACCAAAGAAGAAGGAAACAGUGAACACCAGAGAAAAUUUAUGCUACCAGCGUCAACAGAUCAGCAGAAAAGUGAAUGUGAUUAACCGUCAUCUUGAGGAAGCCGAAGAUGAGCCACAGAAGAUAAACCCAUCAUUACUGAAAGUGUUUGCGAAGAAACUGGAGCUCCAUUAUAAGGAGUUCACAGACAUUCAUCGCGAAAUACAAACAUUGACCGUUUCAUCUGACAUCGAGGAGGAGGAAGAAAAAUUAGAUCAAUUUGACGCGCUUCACACGAACACACUCGCUUUGUUGGAGCAACUCACCGAUAUAUUUUCGCCUGCCAUGAAUUCCAGAACAGAAAAUUCAAAUCAAACUGUGAUUGUUCAACAGCCAAUAAGAGCACCUGUGCCAACUUUCGACGGCAGAGUGGAGAACUGGCCGAAGUUCCGCACGAUGUUUGAGGAUAUUUUCGCUCGCAGUGGAGAUUCCGAUGCAGUUAAACUGCACCAUCUCGACAAGGCUCUAAUAGACGAUGCAGCGGGCUGGAUUACAGCAAAGAUAAUUACAGACAACAAUUUUCAACAAACAUGGCAGCAACUCAUCGAUCAAUAUGAGAAUCCAAGAGUGAUCGUCGACACACAUCUCGACGGAUUGCUUGAUUUAAAGCCAAUAACUAAGCGAAAUUUUAAGGAUUUACUCGAAUUAGUUAAAUCUUUCAAUCGCCAUGUUGGCGGGCUCGAGUAUCAGGGGCUGAAAGUGGAUGAGCUUUCAGGCCUCAUUUUGGUGAAAAUUCUUACGUCGAGAUUAGAUAGCCAAACACUUCAACUUUGGGAGAGGAACCAACAGCAUGCUAAAUUACCAAAUAUUCAAGACACCGUAUCCUUCCUUCGCAGCGAAUGUCAAGUUUUGGAAAGGUUCCAGAAUCGAUUCCAGGUUACAUCAAAGGAGGCGCAGUCUAAGCAGUAUACGAGCUUCAGGCCGUCGAACCAGAAAUCAUACACAGCAACAGCUGCAACUUCCGUAGGUUCCUGUGAAAUAUGUAACGAGAGCCACCGCCAUUUUGAGUGUCCGGAGUUUCAUAAGCUAUCACCGAUCCAGCGUAACGCAAAGGUGAAGGAAUUGAAAAUCUGUUUUAAUUGUCUUCGUCCUGGGCAUAGAUCCCUAGAAUGUUCAUCGAAGAAAACAUGCGCUCGAUGUCACCGUAAACAUCACACACUUUUGCAUCAGGAAUCGUCUACUACAGAAGACCAUUCUUUCAGCCACAAAAUGGAAGAACAACCAUGUUCCAGCACCCCAGAGAAGUUUACCGUCUGCGAGCCAGUCACCAAUACGGUUGUAUCUUGUAAUUGCCACAGAGCUACUACAACUGUGAUGUUAAUGACUGCUAUGGUGCGGGUCAGAGAUAAUUGUGGAUACACAACGCCUUGCAGAGUGUUGCUGGAUAGCGGAUCACAAGUGAAUUUCAUAUCCAAGUCGUUAAUCGAUCGUUUGUCCGUCACACGACGGCCAGUGUACAAGCCCAUAGCCGGAAUUGGUGGGACCAAAACGUACGCCAAAGAAACAGUGAUGGUGGAAGUAGAAUCGAUGCACUCCGACUAUUCCACCAAUUUUGAAUGUUUAGUGGUUCCUAACAUAACGGGAUCAAUUCCAGCAACGCAUAUACAAGUAUCAUCAUGGCCAAUUGAUAACAGUAUACCCAUCGCAGAUCCGAACUUCAACAACCCGGCUCCCAUCGAUAUGCUAAUUGGCGUCUCACAAUUUUUACAAUUGUUGAAGACGGGCCGUGUUCAGCUAGGAAACAACUUGCCUGAAUUGAUAGAAACACAUCUUGGAUGGGUAGUUGCUGGUAGCAUCGACGAUGGCGACUCUCAACAUUGUUUAGCCGUUGCAAAUGAUUCAAUCUCCGAAGUUCUACGCCAGUUUUGGGAGUUGGAAGAAAUUCAUGAAGCUUCACAAUCUACUGAACAAGAAGAGUGCGAGAAAAUAUUCCAAACAACCCAUUAUCGAGAUAUUACAGGAAGAUAUGUGGUAAGUUUACCUUUGCGAGAAUCAAUUCAAGACCUAGGUAACAAUCGAACACUGGCCAUGCGACGCUUCCUUUCGCUGGAAAGCAGACUUGCGAGAAAUCCGGAACUGAAGCAACAGUAUCAGCAAUUUAUCGAAGAAUAUGAAUCUAUGGGACACUGUCGAGAAAUAAAGGAAUCCAAUUGUUCACUCGACAAGGGCACGUAUUAUAUUCCGCAUCAAGCUAUUCUGCGCCCAUCGAGUUCAACAACAAAACUGCGAGUAGUGUUUGAUGCAUCGUCUAAAGCAUCACCGAGUGACAAAUCACUUAAUGACGUCCUUCAAGUAGGAGGAAUACUUCAAAGCGAUAUUUUCAGUAUCCUGCUACGAUUCAGGAAACAUCGUUUCGUUUUCACAGCCGACAUUUCAAAAAUGUAUCGUCAGAUCCGAAUCAAUCCAAACCAGACACGCCUCCAAAGAAUAUUCUGGCGUUCUCAUCAAGAUGACCCUCUUCGUAUACUGGAACUUACUACAGUGACGUACGGCACGGCUGCCGCACCAUUCUUAGCGACCAGAUGUUUGAUGCAGCUUUGCGAGGACGAAAAUGAUUCAUUUCCACUCGGCGCACAAAUCGUCCGCCAAGAUUGCUAUGUUGAUGACGUUAUUUCGGGUGCGAAUUCAAUUAACGAAGCGCUUGUCACCCGCAACCAAAUUCGAGGACUGCUGAUGAAAGGUGGAUUUCCAGUUCAUAAAUGGAGUUCGAAUAGUGCUGAAAUUUUAAAUGACAUACCGGAACCGGACCGAGAAAAGUUAGUGCAUUUGGACAAUACAUCAGUUGUUAUAAAGACUUUAGGGAUGAUAUGGAGUCCAGAACAAGACGUGUUUCUUUUUAGUGUAAACAGUGACAAUCGUAACCCGACCAAGCGCUCGGUAUUGUCCGACAUUGGUAAACUUUUCGAUCCUCUGGGACUUCUAACACCAGUCACCGUUAUCGCCAAGAUGAUUAUGCAGAAAAUUUUGAAAUCUGGUCUCCCAUGGGACGCACCUUUGGAGAACGAGCUACUGGAAUCCUGGUUACAUUUUCGUGAGGCUUUAGCAUCAGUGAGCGAAAUAAAAAUUCCCAGAUAUACCAUGAUUGUAAGUGCUGCUGUCGUGGAAAUUCAUGGGUUUUCCGACGCUUCAAAUGCUGCAUACGGAGCAGUAAUAUACAUUCGAUGCAUCCUAGCAGAUGGUACAAUCCGCCUUAAUAUGUUGUGCAGUAAAUCCAAGGUAUGUCCAAUGGGUGAAAUGAGUAUUCCCCGCAAGGAAUUGCUUGGCGCUCGCCUUCUCUCGCGUUUAAUAGUGAAAGUGCUGAAAUCUCUACAGUUGGAGGUCAAACAAGUGGUUCUAUGGUGUGACAGCCAAGUGGUGUUAGCUUGGCUUCAGAAGCCACUAUCAGUUUUAGAAGUGUUUGUACGUAAUCGCGUGGCAGAAAUAGUGAAAAAUACCGAAACUUAUGCAUGGAAGUAUGUGAAAUCCAAACAAAACCCCGCCGAUUUGAUCUCCAGAGGACAGUUUCCAAAGGCUCUCAGUACUAACGAACUUUGGUGGACUGGCCCAAAAUACCUUAGCAUCCUCGAGUAUCAAUCAGAAACCUCUGAAGACAUUCCUGAAAAUGAAAUUCCGGAUAUCAAGCAGACAACUGUCAUAGUCGUGCCAGUAAUCAACAACGAGAAGUUGCCGAUAUUUUCAAAGUUUAGCUCCUUCAGGAAACUGCAGCGGGUACUCGCAUUUGUGCAGCGAUUCAUCCGCAAUUGCCAGCUUAAAUCAUGUACGGAACGAGUUCUGAAAAAUCAUCCCACCAUUCAAGAACUCCGUUCAGCCUCUCACUUGAUAGUGCAGAUCAUACAACAAGACGUUUUUGCUGAUGAAAUUCAACGAAUGGAGUGUUGCGCGUUGGAGGAAGGCUUCAAAACUCCCAGUUAUCUUUUAACAGCAAGCAUCCGUAUUUGCUCCCUAAACAUCCAAUUACCGAUCAAAUUAUCCGCAUGUAUCAUGAAGAACACCUACAUAUCGGACCAACAGCAUUACUAG